AUGGCUGACGGGCACUCUCACUCUCACUCCCACGACCACUCCCCCGACUACUCGCACGAUCAUUCACACUCCCACUCCGAGGAACCCGCACACCUCUUCCAAGCGACAUCCUCAUCCGACAUCCCGCCGGAUGGCUGGCGGUCCAGCGGCGUGCGCGUGAUCCCCGGCGACAGCCUGGACGCCAACACGGCGCAAACACCGGGGAUGCGACGCGCCGCUGCCAUCAACACCGCGCGCGUGGGCGCACAACGCCUCUGGGCCGGGACAGUCAAGAUCCACGCGAACGCGAAGACAGGCGCGCACCACCACGGGCACCUGGAGAGCGUGAUCUACGUCGUCAAGGGGAAGGCCCGCAUGCGCUGGGGCGACAGCCUCGAGUUCACCGCGGAAGCCGGGCCCGGGGAUUUCAUCUAUGUCCCGCCGUAUGUGCCGCACCAGGAGAUCAAUGCCAGUGAGAACGAGGAGUUGGAGUGUGUGCUUAUGCGGAGUGAUGGCGAGGCGAUCGCCGUGAAUUUGCCGGACGUCGUGCCGGUAGAGGAUCCCGAGGGCGUGAUGUGGGUUGAUCCCACGCAUCCUACGGGCGGUGUUUGA